GUAAUUUAUACGUGAACAAGAUUUAAUUUGCGACAAAUCCUUUUUUGUCACAAAUUUGUGGAUAAUAAUAUUUCUUGUGCUCACUUUAGAUUUUGAUUUGCCUUAUUCACAGUUGUCACUGUAAGCCAAAAAUAUUACCUCUAGAUAAUGUUUACGGCCUAACCUACAAUUAAUUUUCAUCUACUCUACUUUUAUAGACAGUGUCAUAUGUUCAUGUAUGAUAUAUUCUCAGUAUAAAAAUUCCUAUGCAGGAUGAAAAAAAUUCAAAUUCUUAAAGAGUCAUUACAUUAGAGUUACAAUGUAAUGCGCAUCAAAUGUUUAAAAUUAAAUUUGCUGAAUAUAUGGUUGGAGAGACGUUUAGAAGUAACUCUUUGGAUAUCAGACUUCUAGCCAUAUGCCAUCAGUGACAUGAUAUAAUAAAUAUGGGAAUUGGAAAUUCCAAAGAGGAAGAGGCAAGAUUGGCAGCCGUCAUUCAAAAACUUAGCAAGAUUGAAAUAACUCAGAUUGAAACUGUUUUCAGGGAGCUCUCUUACCAAAGUGUGGAUGGAAAGAGGCUCAUAAAACGCCCAACUUGGCUUGAUAGAGAGAAUUUUGCAGAGAAGUUUGGCCUGCCAGAUUUUCUUGGUGAACAAUUGUUUGCUGCCUUUGAUAGAGACCAGAAUGAAGUGGUAGACUUAAAUGAGUUUCUGGCUGGCAUGGCUCUCUGUCUUCAUGGGAAUGUAAAAGACAAGUGCAGAUUGUUGUUCAAAAUCUUUGACUUGGAUGGAAGUGCUGGGAUCAGUGAAGAAGAGCUGAAAACCGUGCUUAUCAGUUCAUUGCAGUCUGCACAUGGUGUUUUGACAGGAAUAAUCAAGGAAGAUGGAAAAGGAACUGUUGAGCGGGAAAUGAAGAUAAAUGAAGUAGUUGCCAAGAUUGUUAAAGAUGCAUUUGAGAAAUGUGACACAUCAAGGAACGGAAAACUUGAAAUAGAGGAAUUUGAGCACUGGGUACACAAGAACCCAAAGCUGAUAAACAGCAUCUUUUUCAUAUCCUGCCCAAAGCCUGCAGAAGCUGCUUCACAUUAUGACGUCAUCACUACCCCUGAAGGAGAAGUGCAGCCAGGGAUAAAAGACGGGAAAACUGAUCAUGAAACGAGAAGUUUGAGUGAAUUGUUCGGUAACCAACCUGCUUUCUCGAAGGAUGCUGAGGGGCAAAGCUUUUUCGACAGCAUUAGUGCUCCUACUGCCCCGCAGGUGCUUGCAGGAAGUGGGGUGCCCAAGGACCCCGCAGCUACAGCUGUUGGCAUCACAUCCGUUGGCAGUGAGGCUGCUGGAUUCGAGGCUGUUUCAAAUGAGCCUGAGCUGUCACAGGAAAUUAUCCUUAAACAUCAGCAUAAAGCCUAUCAAGAGAGGACUUUACCAAACCAAUUGUUACUGUCCGAGGAAAGGAUCGUUUCAAGAAGUAGCGAAAUGUCGUUGGUAAGCUUGGGUCAGUCAACUGGGGAUCUGAGCUCUCUCGAUGCAGAAGCUGAAGCAGCAGAUCAAUCAAGCAAUGUAUUGGGAGAGGGAGCCGUGUCUGAAGAUCGAACAGAAGAAACCGGGGCGCUGGAAGUCCGGGAAAGCGAUGCCAAAGAAGGAGGGCCUCAACCUGAAGAAGGAGGAAACAUUGGAGCAUUGAUCAACGAAGAAAAGGCACAGCCGGAACGAUCCGCGUCAGGACUCAGAUUAGAACUGGAUAUCGAAAAUAGGCUACCGGAGGCUUCUGAAGCAAGAAGUCCGUGGCAUCCAUUGAAAGACCCUUUGAAACCGGCGCCGGUUCACGAUGAAAAUGAAGAUGAUCUAUUUCAUGAUGCUUCAGAUUUGAUGCAUUCUGGACCGGAGCUUGAAACUGGAUUGCUUAAAUCGUCCGGUCAUAUUGAAUCCGAGGCAACUGAAGUAUCUUUGGAAACGCCUCUGAAUGCCGUUUCAAAUAUCAACCAGGUUGAAAGUGCUGCAUUUCCUACUGUUCAAGCCACUCAAGGCAAAGAAUACGGAGAUUCUCCAAAAGAUUCAAAUCAAAAAUCUGCUUUACAAAAUGAGAGCAGUUUUGAAGAAAUUCCUGAAUCAAGCAUGGACGAUACUGCCACGCAGAGGCCUUCGUCGCUUGUAUUGCAAGAUGAAAACAUGACAAAUGUUGAUCUGACGCCCAGUGAACAUGCGAUUGGGAAACCAACCCUUCGCCAGUUAGCAGAGAUGAAAGAAUUUGACAAGUCUCCAUCAUUAGAGGAUACAAAAAGUACUCUACCGGAGGAGAGGCUUGCUGCUUGGUUACCAUCAACUGAAACGAGGCGUAUAAUGGAUGCUGUCACUCGUGGAAAUUCUGUUGACAGGGCGCGAUUAACUUGCCCUUCUGUAGUACUAGAAGCCUCUUUGGGUGAUCCAGUCAGCGACCUCGUUGCCAAAUUCCUUGGUGAUCAAGAGGCUGCUAAACGCCGUAUGCCUACAGCUGAUGGUGUCACGAUGAAUGAUGCUGGCCUUAAAAGCCUUUUGGCGGCGCAAUGCUGGCGUGGUGCAGUCGAUUGGACCGCAAAAUAUCUCACUGCACACGGCCAAGGCGUCGGCAGUGGAUCACCGACCGGUACAAUCAACCACACCCCGAAAUUAUUGCAGGUCUGGUUCGUGCGCAUCGCCCUUCUGUUUAAACUCAAAUCAUUUAGCAGUGCCGAAGCCGAGCUGAAUGCAUUUGGAGAUUUCGACAACCCUGAUCUUUACUACCAAUACUACCCGUCUAUCUAUAUGGGUUUAAAAGGAAGUAUGGUGCCAUUUUCUUUGCGAAUUAUCCGUGCGGAAUUGCCACAACACAAUGGCAGACCCCAGGAAUCCUUGGAUCGAAUUUAUCGAUUACUGGCUUCUGUAAGAAAAAUUUUGAAAAAUUUGAAAAACGGUCUUUCUGAAGAGGAUGAAAAGAUUGAUCUGGCAGAGGAUAUAUUACGCGAUACUAUCGAGCUUUGGCGGAGAAGAGAGAUAAGGGUUUUGUAUUCCUUAGGAAAUUGUCUAAUUGGAAUAAAGGAAUUUACUCUUUCCAUGAAAAUAUUCACGGAGAUAAUCAAGAAACAGCCGGAAACGAAGCCGCCAAUUAUAUCGGGAGUCGGUCGUCUCCACCUACAACUCGGGGACAUAUCACUUGCAAAGAAGUAUUUCAAAAAAGUUGAACAGAUUUCUCUUGGUGACCCAAAAACAUUGAGUAUCACUGUCAUGAACAGGGGGUUUGUUGCUCUUGCCGAAGGACGAUACAGUGAAGCAUUUGAAAAUUUUCAAUCAGUAACGAAACUGGAUCCUGAGAAUUCAUCCGCCUAUAAUAACGCUGCAGUGGCGCUACUGUUCCAAGGGAAAGUCAAGGAGGCCAGCAACCUACUGGAAACGUUAAUCUGGAAGUCACCGAAGGGAAACCUUCACGAAGAUGUAGUUUUCAAUUUGUGUACAAUUUAUGAACUUGAAACAUCGAGAGCACUUCAAAAGAAACAGAAACUAUUAGAUCUUGUGUGUCGACACUGUGGCGAUGGCUUCAAUGUUCAGAGCUUGAAACUAAGUUAGCCUCGAUCGGGAAUUGGUAUCAGAAGCAGAUCCAGCAUCAAAUACGAUUGGAUUUCCAUGUGGUCGACAUGUGUAUCAAUGGAAGCUAUUGGCAGCACUUGCUGAACGUUAUUAAUGCAUGGGUGUUUGCUAGACCUUGUAUCACACAACAUUUCAUGCAUCCUUGCAUUAAAUCCUUACUCUACAAGUGCGAGUAUUAUAUAAGGCUCUUUCUUGUAAACAACCCUGGUAUGAAUUCGAACCUAGGCCCCACUUACAACUAUGUGUUGGCUUGCGGCUUACUUACCAAGCUCUUAGUAUACCACUUUAAAACCCACGAUACUUGGCAUGUUACCUGUAACUGUGGAUGGUUUCCAGUAUGUGAUGGUGGUAUUUACUUUCUAAAAACCCUUGACCCUUCUUCUAGUAAGUUUUUGGUAAGAAAUAUUUUUUUUGGGUCAUCCUUUUGAUCGGUUUCUUGUAAAAAAUGAGUACAUGAUUAAACACAAACUGUUAGGGUUUUGUUAAUAAUAAAAAAACUGAGAAUUCUAAGAAUUACGAAUUAUUGAUUUUGUUAUUUAUGAUAUUUCUUGUAUCUAAUUCUCAAUGUAAAUGUAGAAGUCUUAAUUGUAUCUGUUAAAGCAAUUGAAUUGAUAAAAUAUAUUAUGAUUUUCUAUGGAAAAGUCGAAA